CGACCCGAACUGAACACUUUCUCUCUGUGGCUGCUGAGAGCUCAACCGCUGCAGCAAUGUCUGGCUCGGGAGUGUGUAUGAACAUCAUCAAUGCACGGCAUCAGAACAAUGGUCAAGGCACCAUUACCAACCCCAUGAAAUUCUUGAACCAAGAUUACGAGCAGUUGAAACAGUACUGCAACGCCAGACGAGUAAGGUUUAUUGAUGAUUUGUUCCCUCCUGACCGGAGAUCCAUCGGCCAAGGGCUAUUGAAGCCUUCUGAUCUGGCCCGUGUGGUGUGGCAGAGACCAGCGAAAUUGGUUUCAAAUCCAUCUUUUGUUGUCGAUGGGGUCUCCAGAUUUGACUUCAGUCAAGGCGUGGUUGGUAACUGCUGGUUCCUUGCAUCUAUCGGAGCUCUGACAUUCCAGAAAUUAAUUCUACAACAAGUAAUGUCUUUGGAACAAGAGUUUCAGGAGGACUACUGCGGGAUUUUCCACUUCAGGUUUUGGAGGUUUGGGAAAUGGGUGGAUGUUGUCAUUGAUGACAAGCUACCAACAAUAGAUGGCAGACUAAUCUUCGUCCGUUCCAAAGACCCAACUGAAUUCUGGCCCGCUUUGCUGGAGAAAGCCUAUGCCAAGGUGUGUGGUUCAUACGCAGAUAUGAAUGCUGGAACUCCUGCUGAGGCUUUGGUGGACUUCACUGGCGGUGUCCACAUGUGCAUCAACCUCACAGAUCCUCCUCCGGACCUGUGGGAGCUGAUGUUUAGAGCUGGACAAUCUAAGUCCCUGAUGGGCUGUGGGACUCCUCAGGGGGAGACAUCUGCCAACAAUGUGCUGCCAAAUGGAUUGGUCCAAGGCCAUGCCUAUACUGUCACAGGUGUGAAACAGUUAAUGAGCCAAGGGAAACUCUUUAACCUGGUGCGUUUGUGGAACCCGUGGGGCCAAACAGAGUGGAAUGGAGAGUGGAGCGAUCAUUCACCUCUCUGGCAAACUGUGAGUGCUAAGGAUCGUGACAUGUGCCUUGCAAUGAGAGAUGAUGGAGAGUUUUGGAUGUCCCUGGAAUACUUCUGUAAGCACUACAGUGAUCUUGACAUCUGCUGCCUGUGUCCAGACUUCCUUGAUGGAAGCUCCUCAUGCCAUUGGCAGACGUCAUUCUACGAGGGCAGAUGGGUUGCAGGAACUACGGCUGGAGGAUGCAUGAACAGCAUUGAGAGCUUCUCCAGUAAUCCACAGUAUCGGCUCAAGAUCGGCAAAUUAUUCAAUGAAUGUGCAGAGAAACAGGGUGAAAAAAACUGUCUGUUGUCUCUCAUGCAAAAGCCCGACAAAAGGAACAGACGCAUGGUCCAAAAUCUCCACAUCGGACUCACAGUAUUUGAGCUGACCAAAGAAUUGAGUGCACACAGAGGGAGGUUCCCAGCCUCUUUCUUUGGCAGAAACAGACCUGUGGCUCAAACUAAAAGCUACAUGAACGCACGUGAGGUGAUGGAGUUCAUCAUGUUGAAGCCUGGUGAAUACCUGAUCGUGCCAUCCACCUUCAGUCCCAAUGAGACAGCCUCCUUCAUCCUGACCAUCCUGUCCAAGUCCGAGACUCACUUGCAUGAGGAUUCUGGAGGUCAUAACCACAGACACACGGAAACAGAAGAGCACACACCAGGCAAAACUGACGAAGAGAAUGACGACAAUAAGAGAAAAUUUUUCCGUCAAUACUCUGACAAGUAUGAAGAAGUGGACGCUGAGCAGCUCCGUGCUAUUCUAAAUGACCAAAUCUUGAAAGGAGAUCUGAAAUCUGGAGGCUUCAGCAUCGAUGCCUGUCGCAGCAUGAUUUGCCUGAUGGACACAUCCGUCACAGGCACACUGAAUGGUGAGGAAUUUCUGCGUCUGUGGAAGAGGGUCAAAGAGUACAAGGACAUUUUCUACCAAAAAGAUGUUUCACAAACAGGAACACUGUCGCUGAAUGAGCUCAGGAAUGCCAUCAUGGCCUCAGAAAAGAGAGUCAACGAUGACAUGCUGAAUUUGAUGGCUCUGCGCUACGGUUCCUCCGGACAAUUGACACUGGAGAGUUUCAUCUGUCUCAUCCUUCGCUUUGAGUGCAUGUCCCGAAUGUUCAAGCAGCUGUCUGAUGGAUUGGCCAUGACUCUUAAUGAAUCAGAGUGGAUGCACCUUUCCAUGUACACUUAACCUGACAGAGACGAUGAGCUGCAGGACUCAUUUGGAACAACUGCAGCACAUGAUGUGCAAAUAUAAUUAAUGGGGCAGCAGUUACUCAGUCCAUUAAGAUAUGGGUUAGGGUUAGGGUAAAAUGUAUUUCCCCUUGUGGGAUCAAUUAAAGAAGUUUAAGUUUAAAAAAAAGUCAUCUCUUUUGCAAAUUAGCAGUUCUAUAUUUUAAGAUAUGCUACUUAUUCUCUCGCAGUUUCACAGUCAUUCUUUAGGAGUAUGUUGCCAUUCUAACUCUGAACAUGUUAGUCUCCCUGAAUGGUUACUGUUAAUUUUAAGUGGGUUACUGUAUUUUCUGAUUUACUAUUAGGCCUUGCAAAAAUAAUGUUGACCUCAACUUUGGUUCAAACUUGCAUAUCUCAAAAUUUAGAGAUAAAACCUGGUUCAAAGUGUGUAUCAUUGGUACCCAUCAAGCCAUAUCACUUUUUGUGAUCCUCCACCUUGCUCUUUGACAUUUAAACAGGAAUAUGAAAUGAAUAUUCUAUUAGCAACUCGUGUAAACAACUGAAUCAAAAUAACGCCUUGUUCUGUAUAAGACAUUGUUAAGGUCCACAGUCGGACUGUUGGUGUCCAUGUCGUCUCUGAUGGUUUUGAGUAUAAUGUCAUGAAUUCUAUUGGACUGAUUGCCACAGAUGGGGAAUUAGCCAACAUUAAUAUAAGAUGGUGAGUAGGGUAGAUGUAAUACCAACUAAUUAACAGCUUUUUAUCAAUAUUAAUUUGAACCUGUUAGCAUACAGUAGUUAACUAGUACAAUGCUGCCUAGCGCAACUACUGUGUCUGUCAAGUGUUGUGAAAUCUAAGAUCUAGUCUCUUGGAUUGAAUGUGAGUAGAAUUAUUUUAUAUGUGGGGUAUAGCACUUUCAGUUGUUGGUGGGAGUUUUUGAUUGAAUUUUACCAUAUUAUCCAGUUUUAGUGUAUGAACAGUUCUGUCAUCUUUUAGAUUCCUUAAAUAUCUAAAGAUAUCUUGAA